CGGUCUGUGCUGAAAUCAAACUUGAGUCUUGAAUCUCGUUUUACCAAAAAUAUUUGUUUUGGUGAAAUGGAUUAGGUGUUUAUUCACGGCAACACAGUCAUUUACAGAACAUCAAUGACCAUAUUAUGACAAUGCAGAGCUGGUCAUUUAUGAAAUACUAGAAUGGCAUUUAUUUUCUGACUUGAAAAUGAAUCCAUCUGGAGUUGUACAAAGAGUGGAGACUUGGCUGCAGGCAACGUGGCAUAUAAAAGCCCCUUUCCAGUGGCUUGAAGCAUGUGUCAACUGGAUUCAGCAGGAGAAUGCUGGUGCAAACCUUAUUCAGGCUCAGAUUAACAAACAGGUUUUUGAGCAGUGGCUUCUAACUGACCUUAGAGACUUGGGUCAUCCAGUCUUGCCUGGUGGCAUUUCACAGGCUGCAAAGGUGGAUGUUAAUGGAUUCUAUUGUCUACAAAUAGAUUCCUUGGUUGAUGUGAGUCAACCUGCAUACUCUCAAAUUCAGAAACUGAGAGGCAAAGAUGCUACAAAUGAAAAUGUUACCGCUGUUACACAGGCAUCGCAAAAGCCCUGGGAAGCAAAGCCCAACCGCCUGCUGAUGCUUCAGCUGACAGAUGGAGUACAGCAGCUUCAGGGAAUGGAAUACCAGCCUAUUCCCGUUCUUCAUGCCAGCCUCCAUCCCGGUACCAAAAUUUUGUUACAAGGUGAAAUUAUAUGUCGUCUUGGGGUUCUUUUGCUUAAACCUGGCAAUGUGAAAGUGAUAGGAGGUGAAGUGGAGGCCCUUGUGGAAGAGUUUACACAAGAAAGAGUGCUCAGUAGGUUACUUGGUGAACCAGAAAAUGCUACAGUAAGACCAAAUAAUAUGGAUCAAGAACUGGAAGAUGCGAAUGAUGUUAUAUAUAACAAUGCAGGGCCAUCAGAUGAGGAGUUACUUGCCAGCCUUGAAGCAGACGAUCAAUUAGUAAUGAAUAACGAAGUGGAUUAUGAGAGUGGAUAUGGUAGCAGGAGUGAACAUUCAAGUGUUAUUACUCUGAACUCUGCUCCUCAAAGUAAUCGCUCAUACAUCAGUGGCCAAAGUUUUGGUACAAGGACCCCCCAAACUGUACCACAAAUAUCCAGUGAGGAAUUGGUAGAAUUUGACGAUGCAGAUUUUGACGAUUUUCCAGUGGAAGAACUGGAUGAAGUAAUCUUUCAGCAAGAGAAGCAUGCUGUUUCUGUGUCAGUGGAACAGCACCUCAACAGCAGCCCAGAGCCUUCUGUUGCUAAUUAUUGCCCACCCCAAAAUAGCACUAGGCCCAAUGAUGUGGCCUCUCUGGUAAAUCUAAACAGUAGAUCAGGGACACUGAAUGAUUCUGUUGAACACACAGUUCCAGUAAAACUGCAAACCAAUGCAAAGACCAUUGAGAUGAAACUGCAGGAGAAGAGUGAAGAUUUUCAUAGUAAUACAACUGGCAUUCUGGAAAUUCCAAAUCGAGAAACUCUGUCUGGGGAAUGUAAGAGUAAACCUUCCUCAGUAAUAGGAUUGACAAAUGUAGCAAACUGCCCAGAAAAAGUUACAAUAAGACCUGUUUUAAAAUGUGAGCCUUUUGGUAACCAGCCUUUGGAGAUUGCAACAGCUUACGGUUCAAACAGAAAAGACAGUAGUGCAUCUUCGGCUUUAAAAGAAAGGGGUUUAAGUUGCAGUCUGAGUAACAUUAACAUUGAUACAAAUUCCCUCCCUUUUACCUACCUGUCUGUGCUGUUGGCUAAAAAGCCAGCGACUGUUACUGUGGUGAAAGUUAAAGCUUUUAUCGUUACCCUUCUUGGAAACCUGUCAAACAGCAACGGAAGCUGGAGCAUCCAAGCCAAAAUUUCAGAUGGUUCUGAAUAUUUAGACGUGGAGCUUGCUAAUCAAAUUCUUUCUAGCCUAAUUGGGUACUCUGUAGCAGAAACAAAUGUCCUAAAGAAAGACCCAGUUCAGCGUAAAAAUGUGAUGGCAGGGUUGCAAAAGUGCCAGCAAGAACUUGUAGACCUCUGCUGCAUUAUGUCAAUUGAGUAUGACCCUUCAAGUUCCAAAGCAGUUGUGCUGGCUUUACAAGACAUUACGCUGGAGAACCACAAUCAAUUAGAGAAACGUGUACUAAACAAAAGAGCAGUUUAAACCAGAGAAGCUCCUUGAUUACUAUUAACUUUUUGUAGAAAUGCAUUUUUCUUUGCAUAUAAACCCUGAUGCUAGUAUUUUUAUGUUUAUAUUUUUCAUUUG